GAGUGUUCGUGUACUUUUCUUGUAUUUUCUUAUUUGCAUUUAUUCGAAUUGUUUUUUGGUAUUCUUGUAUUUCGUUUUAUUAUUUUUUUUUAUUUUCAUUUUUUUUGACGAAAAAAGUUUAUUUAUAAAUAACAAUAAUGGAGGAUACCUAUGAAGCUAGUGAAAAUAGUGAUAAAAAUUUGUUUAUCAUUGAGAGUGUAGAAAAUCAUCCUUAUUUAUAUAAUAAAAAAAAGAGAUGAUUAUAAAGACAAUUUAAAGAAGUCCAAAGCGUGGGAAGAAAUUGCAAAAAAAUAUCAGAAACGUUUUGGUGAAACAGCAACAGUUGAAGGGAUAAAAGCAAGAUGGGAAUCAUUAAAAAAAUUGUAUAUGAAGGAUCAUAAAGAAAAACUUAAAUAUAGACCUAGUGGAUCUGAAGCUAUGGAGGAAAAAAAUAAUUUUUAUUAUUAUGAUUCGAUGAUGUAUUUGGAUCGUCACGUUAGGCAUAACAAAACAAACAGUAAUUUUACUUUUUCAUCGAAUAAUGCAUACUCAACAUCAGAAAAUGAUAUUUCAUAUGAUUUUGAAAAAAUUUCUGAUUUUGAUGAACGUCAGACAAAGGAUAUUCCUCGUGAAUUAAUUGAAAUGGAGGACGAUAUUAGAAUGGGAGAAUAUUUAGAUGAGGCAAGAGGAACAAUUUUGGACAAUGAAAAGGAUAAGGACACAGAAAUUUUACAAUGUAGUCAAAACAUUGAGGUUAUGUUAAAAACAAUCAUAGAAUCACAGGAAAAAAAUAAUAAAUUAUCUGGAUAUGAGGAAGUGAUUGUUGCUGCAUUCAGGAAAGUACCAGAGGAAAAAAAAUUGUCAAAAUUCAACGCCAUUCUCGAUAUUUUAGAAGAUUAAUUUACAUUUGUUUUAUAUUAUAUUAAUAUUGUUUUAAAA